UUUUUUCUUUUCAACGUAUGACCCUUAUGACCUUCCACAGCCACCCCUGACUUACUCGCGGGCGAGAGAUAAUCGACUAUUGUAUCGUGGGACGCGCGUCAACCUGCGCCAAGCCCAUACUCUUUUGUGCGGACUCCCCACCAUACGUCCUCCCCUGUUCUUUUAUUCUUCCUUGAGCGCCAAGUGACGAUCGUUUAUGAUUUGAUAACCCCCGGUUCAUAUGACAAGAAAAGACGUGCGCAUAUACUGCCAUGUAGCACUGUAUCUCUAUCUAUCGCACAUAGGACCCUUCAACCUCAACCACCCUAGCCAAGACGGAGUGGCUCAGAUAUCUAACUUAGCAUUCGUCACACUCGGGCGACUCUUUUCCCCGGGUCAUUCUAUUCUCACCACGCUGAGCAACUGGAUUGCUUCUUUCCUUUCUCAACUAAUUCAUCAUUCCAUUCUUUUCCCCGCAACUUUACCAUACCUUUUCCUAUUUCCUAUUCCCGUUUUUAGACUACUUUUAAUACACACCCCCCUUUAGAUCUGUUCUUAGCCCCGGCUGGCCACGCACGACUGACGAAUCUGUUCCACUGUACUGGAUACAUCUUCUUGCCUUCUUUGCCGGACCCGGCUUACCAUAAAGACUAAAAGCGACCCAUUCGAAUACACAUUGAUAAUAUACCUUCACUUCUAUGCUUUGAACUAUAGCGCUUUGUGUUGUUUGUUAUCAUCUGCUAUUAGACCGGUGGGAUAAGGAAGAAAAGAUAUCGACGAUUUCUUAGCGAUCACGCCGAGACGGCCUACACACUACCUCAAUAUGAAAUCAACAACAACAGUUCUUGCCCUUGUCGCAAGUAUAUUAGCCAUACCGGCAAAUGCACGUAAUAUACCGGGUGGUAUUAGCCAGCCGAAAGUCGUAAACCUAUCUACGCAACGAAGAACAGUAUCAAACCCUGUAAAACGGGAUCGUAUACGACGAAGAGAUACUAUUAAGGCGUCAUUAGACAACGAGG